AUGCGGAAAGAGGAGCCAUCGUUCCAUGUUCGCCUGGCUGCCACAAAUGCUUUGCUGAAUUCCUUAGAGUUCACUAAGAAGAACUUUGGUAUGGAGGCAGAGAGGCAUAUAAUUAUGCAAGUUGUCUGUGAAGCCACGCAGUGCACUGACACACAUGUAAAAGUCGCCGCUCUGCAGUGCCUGGUUCGGAUAAUGUCGCUGUACUAUCAGUUUAUGGAGCAAUAUAUGGGAUCGGCCCUGUUCGCUAUUUCUCUACAAGCGAUUAACUCGGAAGUGCCUGAAGUUGCUUUGCAAGGAAUAGAGUUCUGGUCCAACGUGUGCGAGGAGGAAAUCACCUUAAGUUUGGAAGCUGAAGAGGCUGCUGAAAACAAUAGAGUUCCGGAACAAGUGUCGCGCCACUACGCCAAAGGAGCCGUUUCUCAUAUUUGUCCCUUGAUGCUUGAAAUUCUCACACACCAAGAUGAAAAUGACGACGAUGAUGAUUGGACCCCAUCGAAAGCGGCUGGUGUUUGCAUUAUGUUAAUGGCGCAGUGUGUUGGUGAGUGUGUUGGUGAUACAAUUCUCGAAUCUGUCAUGCCAUUCCUCAAGCACUUCAGCAGCACUGAUUGGAAGUAUAAGGCAAGCUUGGCGAUUAUGGCUUUUGGAAGCAUCCUUGAUGGACCGGAUCCUGCAAAGUUGAUGACAUUAGUCGACCAAGCAAUGCCUGCACUUAUUGAUAGCAUGGCAGAGAAAAACGUAACAAUCCGAGAUACCGCAGCGUGGACGAUUGGUCGAGUGCUUGAGAUUUGCCCGGAAAUAGUCAAUAAGGAUGGCAUGUUGGCGCGGUUGCUUCCGGCUCUUAGCCAAGGGCUUCACCAAGAACCGCGCGUGGCAGCUAAUGUUUGCUGGGCCUUGGUUGCUCUUGUAAAAACGGCAUAUGAUAUCGCUUGUGGACAAGGAACUGAUAGCACUGGACAACCUGACACAUACGCGCUUUCUCCUUGUUUUGAAGCUAUGGUCAGCGAGUUGAUCAAAACAACUGACAGAACUGAUGGUAAUCAGUCGAACUUACGACUUGCCGCAUUCGAAACUUUGAUGGAGCUCAUUAAGAAUUCACCAAAGGAUUGCUAUCCGGUUGUGCAGAGUACCUACGGUAUUAAUGUUGAAGAAGCUGGAGCAAACCAGCUUAUGGACCUGCAGUCGCUGCUAUGUGCUACACUACAAUCAGUGCUGCGUAAAAUGCGUCCCGAAGAUGCAGCUUUGGUUGGGGAACAUGUUAUGAAUGGUCUUGUACAGAUCAUGAACCGAACCUCUAACAACAAGGGUGGUGGAAGUGUGAUGGAAGAGGCGCUCCUAGCGGUUUCUGUCCUGGCAGAGACGCUAAACAAUGGCUUUAUUGCUUACAUUGAUGCACUUAAACCCCAUCUCAUGAGAGCACUGGCAAAUCAUGAAGACCACAGUAACGACUUUGUUAAGGUGUGUGCUGCUGCAGUGGGAUUGGUGACUGAUAUAAGCCGAGCCAUUGAAGUGAAUAUUGCCCCAGCUCUCGACGAUAUCAUGAAUACACUCGUUCAAAGUCUGCAG